AUGGAGCAUUUGGGAGAUGUCGGAUAUACGCCAGUGAAAGCACUUGCCGAAAUUUAUGAUCAGAUGUUGCACUACCGCCACAAGGAAUACACAAUUUCAUGCUCACAAUUCAUCACAACACUCGGCAAGCAAUACUUCCAGCAGCAAGAUGCCGAUGACACAUUUCAAAAGAUUGUACAUGAUGUUACGGAAUCAGCAAACAAACCAGAUAUUGCCGUUACAUUCCAAUAUCAAACUGAGACUCCUGAUGAAAGCUUCUAUUCGGUUUCGCUUCACAUUCCUCUUGGUGCAGCAGGUAUUGAUCAAGGAAUUAAACAGAUGUGCACAGAUGAUUCUCAUAUCAAUGAAAUCUCAACAUUCCUCUGGGUCGACGUUCAGAGGAAUUGGUCUGAUCCAAAUGUCUUCUUUGACAAAUUUGAGAUCAAGAAGAACUACAAAACUCAACUCAGUGAUGGAACGUAUGUAUUUAAGAUACAUUCCAUUAUUGCUUAUCAUCAAGGUCAUUUCGUUGCCUUCGUCAACAAAGGAAGAGUUUGGUUCAUGCUCGACGAUGAAAUUACUUACAUUGUUCCUGAUGGUUUGAUCCAAGGUCUUCAAGGUGGAGAUGUUGGCAGCGAUUUGUGGUCAUAUCUUGGUGGUGUCAAAUGGCUUGCAAAAUGUGUCAUCUAUCGCAAACACAAGUUCUAUGGAGCUGGUGAUGAUGAUUGA